AUGAGCAUGCUUCCGAAUUCACUUCUUACUCAAGGACAAGCUCCACCUCGCGAGAAACUCUUUGCUAAAUCCAAUGGAUUGGGAGCAGAACAGAACAUGACAGCAAAGAGAAGACAAGGAUCAAAUUUACAAUUUGAAGCAAUGUUGAGUACUUCAAUUCCAUCAUUAUUUGAUAUGUGUAUUAAAUUAUUACAGAAUAAUAUUGAUGAUCUACCAACUUUGGAAAAUAUUGAAGAUGAAAUUGUCAUUCGUAUUUUAAGUAAUUGUGAACCACACAAAUUGGAAGAAAUUGAGAGAAAGAAUGAGGAGGAAAAUGUAAUUUUACAAACUGAUGUAUUAUGGAAAAGAUUAGUAACUAAAGAUUUUGGAGCUGGGCUUCUUUCUAAAAGUUCCGAAUACAUACAAGAAACCAGACCACAUAAGGAACUUUAUAAUGAAUUGAAUAGAGAAAGAAUGGAAAGAGAGUACAAAAUUCAAAAGAUCAAGGAAGAUUCAAAACGUAUGAAACAGUCAUCAACACGAAUGAUUGGAGCCAAGACAGUAGGUUCCUCUCAAACAAUCAAUUCUACCAGUUCAAAUCCUGUUACUCAAACCAAACAUAUUGCCAAAACUAUAGAUCCAAUUAGACAACCAUCAAGAAUUAGAAACUCCUCAACAAGAAGUAGAAUAUCCAGUUCAUCAUCUUCAAAUGAUAGACCAAGAACUACUUCCUCUGCUCCUAGCGGUUCUAAAAAGAGCAAAUUGUGGACAAGUUCACUUGGUGGUGACUCUGCAGUCGUGAGAAAAAAACCAGAACAAACAAAAAGCUCUGUAUUUAUUCCAGGAAAUGUAACAGCUGCUACCAGAAAUCCACCAAUGAACAUGAAUCGAUACACUCCACCACCACUCUCUACUAGUGCACCUCUUGUAUAUAGACAGCCUGUUGUUGUUUCCAAAGCCAAUACUAUUGACUACACAAAGAAACGACCAUCUUCACCUCCUCAAUCAGAUACAAUUGCUGGAUCACCUGUUGUAAGCCAUAGCUAUGUGGAAAAUGUUUUUGGCAAAGAGACAUCGAAGAGAUUUGAAAAGGUAAAACGCCAAGCAACCAAUGACUCAACCAAACUCAGAGAUUCUGCUCGUCGAGGUGUACCUCAAAGCAUGCAACCUCCAACCUCUAGCAGUAGUUUUAAUCAUCGUGUAUCAAAUCAACCUAAACCAUCACAUCCUCCUCCAUCAUCUCAUAGCUCUUCCUCUCUUGCUCCUCCCCAAAAGAAAGCCAAACCAAACAACUCUUAUACACCCCCUCCUUCAAGAUCCACACCACCUUCUGCCAGAUCUUCUGAGCUCAAUUUCACAAUUCCAAAGAGAAGAUAA